CGUUUGCACUUUUUACGAUUGGAUAUGUAAAUGAUUUUCAUAGUGCAUUUUUUUUUAGCAAAGCCUUACUCUUGGGGGACAUGCUUUAUAACUCAUUCAUUCAAGGAUAUGUUUUAGUGUGCAAUCUACAGCCGUUCCCUGAAAAUUAUUUCCCCAUCAGCGAGGAUCAAAAUAUACUUUUAUGUAUAUAUUUGGGACAAGAAUCGGAUUUGGAAAAUAACCAGCGAGAUCGUCUCGGCCUCUCGUCUUACAAGGGAAUACAGAGUAUUUUAAAUUCGUGUAUGACUCCUACAGCCACCACGUGUUCUUUGAUGUCUCAUCAUCGCUCACUUUUUUCAUGACCACAAACUUGCUUUAUAAUCCCAACCUCCGUGAAACCACCAGUUGGAAACUGUGGCUUUCCCCCCUCUUGAUCGCCUUGACCACAAGUUGGAUUAGAAAUUUUCUCCCCAAAGACAUACAUUUGGAAUAUAUUAAUAGUUGCAGGAGGAAUAAGUGGCCUUCCUGAAAAAAAGAAAACUGUUCUUUAUUUAAAAGGAGAGAAAACGAAACAAAAUAAAGAAACUGGACUGGAUUGAGUGAUAAUAACUGGCAUUAAUUGGACAGAUUGACUAUUUGUGGCUACUGUAAGCCCCUAAUCAAAGUGUUGUGAUGCGUAUUCCCGUAGAUCCCACUACGAGCCGGCGUUUUACUCCACCGUCCACCACAUUACCAGCAUCGGGAAAGAUGAGCGAUGUGAGCGGGAUGGUCCCUCACCAGGAGCCCGGGCCCGGAGUGGGAACAGCCGGGGCAGCAGCAGCGGCAGCGCUCGGCAGGUCUCUGAUCCGGCCCCAUGAGAACCGAACCAUGGUGGAUAUCAUUGCCGAUCAUCCGGCAGAGCUGGUCCGGACUGACAGCCCUAACUUCCUCUGCUCUGUCCUACCAUCCCACUGGAGGUGUAAUAAAACGCUGCCCGUGGCAUUCAAGGUGGUAGCCUUGGGGGAUGUUCCUGACGGCACUGUGGUCACCGUUAUGGCCGGCAAUGACGAGAAUUAUUCGGCCGAACUCCGCAACGCCUCGGCAGUAAUGAAGAACCAAGUGGCUCGUUUCAAUGACUUGCGCUUCGUGGGCCGAAGUGGAAGGGGUAAAAGUUUUACAUUGACAAUUACGGUAUUCACAAACCCACCUCAAGUGGCCACUUAUCACAGAGCUAUAAAGGUUACAGUGGAUGGUCCUAGAGAACCAAGAACAACUAUCAUUUUCAAACACUUGUAUGCAAACACAAGGUAA